CACCAUCUCUCUCUUUUGCCCAAAAUGGUCGUCGAUACGGCCUAUUACGACACCCUCGGCGUCUCGCCGCAGGCCACGGAGCUAGAGAUCAAGAAAGCCUAUCGCAAGCUGGCCAUUGUCCAUCAUCCAGACAAGAAUCCCAACGAUCCGACAGCGCACGAAAAGUUCCAAGCCAUCGGCGAGGCCUACCAGGUGCUCUCAGAUGCAGAUCUACGAAAGGCGUACGACAAGUAUGGAAAGGACCACGCGAAACCGCAAGAGGGUUUCGUCGACCCUGCCGAGUUCUUCUCCGCCAUCUUUGGCGGCGAAGCCUUUGUCGACUGGAUCGGCGAGAUUAGCUUGAUGAAGGAUUUGGCGGCGACAAUGGACAUUGCCAUGGAUGAGGGUGAAGAAGGAGAGGCUGCGCCGCAGGGAGAGGAAGAAUUUCCUGGAACUGCCGAGGCGAUGAAGGAGAGCAUGAAGGAGAAGGAGAAGGAGAACCAGGAGACAUUCGCAGGCUCUGCGUCCGCGCCGCCGCCGCCGCCGCCUCCCGCGGUGGUGGUAGAGGACGAGAAGGCAAAGACACCUGUGCAGCCUACGGCUGCGACACCGCCGCCUCGAUCUGAAGCUACAUCUCCCGCUCCGUCAUAUGGUUCCCGGAGCCGACAGAUUCCCAUCCGACCGGCUCUUACCGAAAAGGCCCACGACGACACAGAGAAGGAAGUGGAUCACGCAGAGGACGACCCCAAGGGCAAAGGAAAGAAGAAGGGCGGCAUGAGCAAGGAGCAGCGAGAAAAGCUGCUGGCUUACGAGAAAGAGCGCGCGCGCAUCCGACAGGAGCGGGUCGAGGCCCUCACACGGAAGCUGUUGGAUCGGGUCAGCGUGUGGACGGAGACGGACAAGGGCCCCGACGUCACCCGGUCGUUCCAGGAGAAGAUGCGGCUCGAGGUGGAGAAUCUCAAGAUGGAGUCGUUUGGCAUCGACAUCCUGCACGCCAUCGGCCAGACGUACAUGUCCAAGGCCUCGGCUCUCCUAAACAGCCAAAAGUUCCUCGGCAUCGGUGGCUUCUUCAGCAAGCUCAAGGACAAGGGCACGCUGGUCAAGGACACCUGGAACACCAUCAGCAGCGCCAUCGACGCCCAGCAGACGGUGGAGGACAUGGCCAAGAUGGAGGAGCGGGGCGGCGAGGACUGGACGGACGAGAAGCGCGUCGAGUACGAGCGCCGCGUCACGGGCAAGAUCCUGACGGCUGCGUGGAGGGGCAGCAAGUUUGAGAUCCAGGGCGUGCUGCGCGAGGUGUGCGAUGGGGUUCUCAAGGACAAGAAGGUUCCGCUGUCGAAGCGGUUAGAGCGAGCGCAGGCGCUGAUGCUCAUUGGCGAGAUUUUCAUCAAGGCUGAGCGGUCUCCCGAAGAAGAGGGCGAUUAUCUGCUCUUUGAGCAGCUCGUUGCCGAGGCCGCCAUGAAGAAGGACAAGCACGAAGACCACAAGCACAAGAAGGACAAGAAGUCUAGGGAU